CACAUGCUAAUAAUAAUGAGAUUUGUGACCCAAAUAUGUCUUGUUGCUUGACGUAGUGAGUACAAAAUGCUACAAAAACAUUGCUAUGGGAUACUGGGAAGUGAGGAUGCCUCUUGGCUGUGUUAUGGGACGGCUAGUUAGACAGGAAGUCAGUGUGUUCUGUGUCUUUGCAUCUUGCUACCAGAGGGGAGGGGUGUAAUGUGACACCAGCCAUUUUCCCCUCACUGGCUGUGAGAGAGACUGCAAGAGCGCUCGCUACAGAUGUGGUUGAUGUCACUGUGUUUUAUUUGACCGUGGGGCGAACACAUCCUUAUCUUGUACCAAAAUGGCGGAUGAACUACGGAUUGUGCUGCUUGGCAAAACUGGCGAUGGGAGAAGCAGUGCUGGAAACACCAUCCUGGGUGGGGACUUCUUUGAGGUGAUGAGCUCACCGGAGUCCACCACACACAAAUGCACCGUCCAGUCCAACAAAGUCAACGACAGGCUGAUUUCCAUCAUCGACACUCCCGGAUUUUUCGACACCCGUUUGAGUGAGGACCAAUUAAAACCUGAGAUUGUGAGGUGCAUUACAGAGUGCGCUCCGGGACCGCACGCUUUUGUGAUAGUGCUCCGGGCUGGACGAUACACGGACCAGGAGAUGGCAGUGGUCCGGAAGAUCACCGAGUCGUUCGGCGAGGAUGCAUUCCGGUACGCCGUCGUCCUUUUCACUUUCGGGGAUGACGAGGUCGAUGGCGAUGAAUGUGACACCAUCGAGGAGUUUGUGGCAACCAGUGAGGAGUUACAGGAGCUCGUGGACAAGUGUGGAGGCCGCUGUCACGUUAUUGACAACAAAUACUGGGCCAAGGCUCAGAAGGGCUACAUGAGCAACAAGAGGCAAGUCGAAAAACUGCUAAAAACGAUCGACAAGAUGGUCACCAUCAAUGGAGGAAGCUGUUACACCAACGACAUGCUGGAGGUUGUCGAAGAGGGAAUAAAAGCAGAGACAGCCCGACUCCAGGAGACCGAGAACGAGAAGGACGAGGAAGAAAUAAAACGACAAGCCAAGGAGAACAUCCAUCGAGUAAUGAUGAUGAUACUCGGGGGUGUGGCUGGGGCCCUUCUGGGUGCCCUGUUUGGACUUGCAGUAACUGCACUGUCUCCAGACCCUGCUUCAAAAACUGUGCUCAUCAUAUUAGGAACUGUCCAAGGAGCCAUAGCAGGGGUCAAAGCAGCUAAGCACGAGAAGAAUAUCAAGGGUGCUUUAUCGAAGGCCUUUCAAGCAAAUCUGUGUUGUUUCACAGAUCGAUUUUCUAGUAGUGACUAAUGACAUUGACCGCGUUUCCCAUAUUCGUUAAGAAGCUCUUAAGUGCUAAAAAAACUUCUUAGGAGCGCUCUAAGAACGUUCUAAGAACGCUCCAAAGAAGUUUUUAGCCCUUAAGAGCUUCUUAACAAAUUUGGGAAACAUACAUUGUAGAAAACAUACAUGUUUCGUUGAUGCACUUAUUUAUUAACAAUCCACUAUUUUUCAUUAAAGUUCUGAACUUAUGAAUCUAUGCGAAAGCCAUACAGUCAUAUUUAGUAUUUUGUCAUGAAAAGGGUGUGUACAUUGAGAAAGUAUCGUUUGAUUAAGUGAUUUCAUGUUCAUCUCAAAUUCUAUAUUUUGGUGUCAAAUCUUACAUUUUUUAUGUGUGCCUUAUCCCUCAAGCAAUUGAAUUGUUUUCCAUGAACAGCAAUAUUGUUGUGUUGCUCAGUGAAGAUAUACAGUAUGUCCUUGAUGAUAUACAGUACUGUAUGACUGAAUAUUAUGCCAUGGCUUUUGCUGUGUCUGUUUUCCAUGAAGCGCUUGUAUUGUGUACUUCAUGUGAAUGCACUCACCCUCGGAACCAUGAACUUACAGUAUGAAACCUACAGUCAAACUUUUGCAAUAUUGUCCUAAGAAAUAUCAGUGCAUAGCACCAGGUUAUCACCACGUUAUCACCAUCUCAGUUAGUAUUUUAUGUUAAAAAAUGUGUAUAAAAAUAAAAUGUUAAAAUAGAAA